AUGUUUCCGUUACAUAUUCAAAGUGAUGGUCCUAAAUGUUUCUCUGCCAAGGUCAAUGAUCCAGCAUGGCUAUGGCAUUUACGCUAUGAUCAUCUGAAUUUUAGAGGUUUGAAGAUGCUACAUGAUAAAGAGAUGGUGACUGGCCUUCCUCAGAUAACAUGUCCAACUGAAGUUUGUGUUGUUGGAAAACAGCAUAGGGAAACCUUUCCGAAGGGAAAAGCAUGGCGGGCUAGAAGACCUCUUGAGCUGGUCCAUUCAGAUAUUUGUGGGCCAAUAACUCCAGCUUCCAACGCCGAAAAAAGGUACUUUAUAACGUUCAUUGAUGAUUGCAGCAGGAAAACAUGGGUUUAUUUCUUACAGGAGAAAUCAGAAGCCUUAAAUUCAUUCAAACACUUUAAGGUGGCUGCUGAGAAUGAGAUAGAGAAGACGAUCAAGGUUUUUCAAACUAAUUGUGGUGGAGAAUACAAUUCAAAAGCCUUUGAAAAUUUAUGUGCUAUACAUGGCGUUCACCGACAGCUUACAACAGCUUAUACACCACAGCAGAAUGGUGUGGUGGAGAGGAAGAAUUGUACCAUUUUAAAUAUGGUACGCAGUAUGCAGACAAAAAGUUCCAUUCCAAAGAGUUUCUGGCCGGAAGCUGUAAAUUGGAGCAUUCACAUACUGAACAGAAGUCCAACUUUUGCUGUUCGUGAUUUGACACCUGAAGAGGCAUGGAGCGGCCGUAAACCAGCAAUUGGUUACUUCAAAGUUUUUGGUUGCAUUGAAUAUGCACGUAUUCCAGACGAGAAAAGGAAGAAGCUUGAUGACAAAGGUGAAAAAUGUGUCUUUCUUGGCAUAAGUGAAGAUUCCAAGGUGUAUAAGUUAUUCAAUCAUGUGUCCAAAAAGAUUAUUAUUAGCCGAGAUGUUGUAUUUGAUGAAGAGAAGACAUGGAAUUGGAGUGAUGAUGUUUCUCUGCAGCAGCAGAACAUUCCAGUCAAUUUUGAUGACAAUGUGGAACAGCAACCACCGGAACAGCAGCAGCCACAACAGUGCAUUCCGGCACCAACUUCGUCAGUUGUUCCAGCACCUGUUGUUCCACCAAUUGGAGCUCAGGCUGCAAGUUCAUCUAGUGCACGACCCUAA